AUGUUGAGAACAAUUUCUCAAUUGACUCCUGUAGUAGCUCCGUCUCAAAUAUGGCUGAAACGUCAGCCAGUGUGCAGUCCGUAUAGUGUGGUUGGCUGUUACGGUGGUACGCGUAACGAUUUAUCGCGUAUUAUUACGCAUCAGUCUAAAUGUUUCGUGUUCUUCCUGCGCAAAACUACGAGAAGAGAGUUUCAGCAGUCUAGUAAUACUGCUGUCAUCACAUGCAGCGAGAUAAAAGAAGAAGAAAUGGCACCAACGCGUGUUAUUCUUAUGUCGUGUGGCAGUUAUAACCCUCCAACCAAUAUGCAUUUAAGAAUGUUUGAAAUUGCCAGAGACCAUCUACACAGGAUGGGAACACAUAUUGUUGUUGGUGGUGUUAUAUCUCCAGUACAUGAUGCGUAUGCUAAAAAAGAACUUGCAAGCGCUACACACAGAUGCGCUAUGUUAAGAUUAGCCUUACAAAACAGUGAUUGGAUCAGACUUAGUACUUGGGAAGCUAGACAGAAUGGUUGGACAAAGACUAGAAUAAGUUUACAGCACCACCAAAAUUUAUUGAACUCUGUGUUGUUCGAUGCAAAUAAUAUUAAACAUAAUAUAGCAACUGAAGAUUUGGAAUGGAUACCAGAAAAUGUAAAAAAUAGUGCUGAUCAUACUCCAAUUCAGAUUAAACUACUGUGUGGUGCUGAUUUGUUAGAAAGUUUUGGAACUUAUGAUCUUUGGGCUGAAGAAGAUAUUGAUGCCAUUGUUGGAGAACACGGUCUUGUAGUUAUUACGAGGGAAGGUUCUAAUCCAAACAAGUUUAUAUAUGAUUCAGAUAUUCUUUCCAAACAUAUGCACAAUAUAUACAUAGUAACUGAAUGGAUUCCAAAUGAAGUUAGCUCAACUAGAAUAAGGAGAGCAUUGAAGCGAGGUGAAAGUGUCAGGUAUCUCCUGCAAGAUGCUGUGAUUGAUUACGUCUAUAAGCAUGGAAUUUAUGAUGCAAAGACUACAGCAUCAACAAUUAAGUUGGAACUGACCUCGCCAAACGCGAAUAAUUACUUGACCAUUGAUUCCAAGUAUCAAAGCACAUUUCUCACGCCGUCGCCUAGCGACGUUACCAUGGAAUCCCCGAGUCCGAUCGAAAUUAUAUCCAUCGAUGUGCCUGACACGGUUCUGCGUAAGAAUAUCCAGAACGCAACGAACGUGGCAUGCGUCGCCUCACGUCACGUCGGCGUCGGCGGCCUCGAGGAGGCCCGCGAGAAAUUCAUUAACGCUCUCGUGGCGGAGAACGGCAACGCCAAACAUUUAACGACCGCGAAGGCCGCGUAUCCAGGUCUCGCGAAACAGAUCAUCGCCACCGAAACCGGCGAGUCGCAGAUCCUCGACGAGGUAGGUUUCGUUGACGAUGAUAAGAAGGUCAGGAAGGUGGUCAGGGUGCAGCCCAGAUCGUGUCAGCUGGAAGAGGUGUCCCCGAGUGUCGCCACCUCGUCGAAACGCGAGAGCCUCGCGAGAAUCACCGCGUUACCUUGUAUCGAGGCUAAAGACAGCGUAGUUAAGUUGACAGAGAACAAUGGUAGAGCUCGUCUCGAGCACGAUAUCGUCGAGGUAGGGUUAGCGGGCGUUAGAUGCAAGGAUCGCGACAGAAGAUCAUCGCUUUCUUCGUCGAUCAUCUCGUCUUCGACCACGUCUACCGUGGACAACGGCGGAGGACGUCACGAGUGUGCUCUCUCCGACUUUAGCGUGGACAAAGAGGAUUACAGACUCACGCGUUACGGCAUGGACGACGCGGUCGAAGACGAGAUCCAGGAUCGACGUAAAGAUUCUCGGUUAGGCAAGCAGCGAUCGAACGACUCCGACGAGAGUCAGCGUAAUCUGUCGCUUAAGGACGAGCACGUUAGCCGCAAGGGAAGCGACGAGAUCCACGAUCAGGAUGUCUUCCCUGGCGACAACGUUCGAUGCUCGAACACGCAGGUUCUAGUGUUAGUCAGCGCGAUGAUUCACAAUCCUUUCGACAAGGAAGCCGCGACGUUGAUCGUUGAGGAGAAUGGGGUACAGGGUAAGGGCGAGAUCACGAUAUACAAGGGUGAAUCGGACGGAAGUAUCGAUAAGUUGAGUCUUCUGGUGCAGUCGCCUGCUCCGUCGUCCGUCAGCGACGAGAGCACCGUGAAGAUACAAGAGAUAGUCGAGGAUAAGACAGAAGUGACAAAAGAAAGCUCGGAUGAUUCGUUGGCUUUGGACAGAUCGUCGAAGCGAGACGUGAGCCUAGAGAUCGAUGGUAAGUAUGUGAAGUCCGUGGUGAACUCGCGCAAGAGUCCCAGAAAAACGAAGAACGGUCAAAUGCGAUUGUACAGCAGCGAGAACGAAGAAUGGAUAUCGAAAGAGAUCAGCAAGGCGGAAAAAAAGAGCGCAGAUUCUGGUACACAGUCGGAAGAGACGUUCUACAAGACUGUAUCGAAGUCCUCGAAAGCUUCUUCUUCCAAGUCGAAGAGUCCUAGGAAAGAGGGGAAAUCCCGUUCGAACGGUCAGAAAACUGCGAGCAGUUCGAAGGCUCACGACUCUGCUGGCGAGGAAAGAACGAAGAAAGUGAAACGAUACGACGCGUCUUUGAAAGGAAGCCUCGAUUCGGUGAUCACCACGAACGAUUCUCGAACGAUCUCUAAAAGAAGAUCGAAGAUUGACGAGAUGUUCUCGAAGAAGUCGAAGAGCUACGAGUCCAUCAAGAAGGUCCAAGAGAUUUGCUACGAAGAUGCUUCCAAGGCUGACAGUACUUCCCAGUUGAUCACAGCCAAUGAAUUAGACAUGCAGACGGACGAAUUUUGCUCCGUUUGCUGCUACGUGAACGAGAUGUCCCUGAGAACGGAGGAAGCUAUCGGCAGUCCGUCUCAGGAUAAUUUCUACACGCUUAGAUCGAACUGUAGUUCCAUCGCUGACGAGGAUUCCACGGAAUGUGAUAUUUGUAGUUCCUGGAAUUUACAAGAAUCAACAGACGCGUUGGAUAGAAAGCUCAUCUCCUCGACUACAGAUUGCGACCAGUUGUGCGAGGUCUGCGAGAUCUGCAGCGAGAUCUGCGCCACGUUCAACCCUGAACAGGAGCCUACGUCGUUCUCCGCUACCAUGGAGGCGAAAGAUCUAACACAGAGUCGAGCGUUAGAGUCUUCCUCGAGGAGUCUUCCAAAGGACAGCUCUAGAAUCGUCCAUAGUACUGCAACUGAUCCUUCCUUGGACGACGACAGCUUCGAGAUCGAGAACUGCGGCCUGCAGAGCGGUCCCGAAUCGGUGGACGAGAGGAAACAAGCUCAGCAGGACGGUGAAACAUUGUCCAUGUCUUUCAGUAUCUCCGACUCGGCUGUGACGAAGAAGAAAUCACGAGAUAAAUACUUCAUCCCUAAAGACGAAUUAGCUAUUCUUUCCAGCGGCACCAGACGCAUGAAUCGCAAGGGUUCGCUGCUGAGGAAGAAGCCAACGGAGGACCCUGCGAACGCUUCGCAAGAUAAACGGCGCUACUCUUCGGUGGAUAAUCUUCAAUUGGCCAAAGCAUCUUCCAGGAGCCACGAUAAAAUUCUCAGGCCGAAGAACAGUAAGUUAAUCGGGUCUGCUGAUAACAUACGUGCUUCCAGGAGCUCUAGAAGAUGCGAACCGCUGCAGAGAUCGGCGGACAAUGUUCGAUACAUGGAUUCGUCCACGGAUAAUUUGGAUUCGCUGGUGGAGAGUUUGGAUAGAGAAGACGAGACGCAGGAGGCUAUCAAUUGGAUGGAGCAACCGAAGGUCCGGGACAACGAGACGGUGAAGAUGAUACUGACUAAGCAUGGAAUCAAGAUAAUCAGCGAGAAGGAAACUGCUCUGUAAUGGAGGUGAUAGGGUUACAUUUAAAGAACAAUGAGAGAACGCAAUUUGUUCGAAGAAAAUCGCUCACAAUUAGCUAAAGGAAAAAAGAGGAAAAAGAAAAGAACAAAAAAGAGUUACAGAAAAUAUAUAUUAUAUAUACGACACAAAAUUAGUUUGAACUAUCGUUAGGCCAACUGCAAACCCUAGGAUGCAGACUUAUCGACUCUCUUGUGAUAAUUCUGAUCGAUAUAUCGUCUUCAAGAGACACAAGAUUUUUCACAUUAUAAUAUAGAUACUUAGUUAACGGAUAUACGUAUAUCUAUAUAUUUAUAACUCGGGAAACGGGUUCUUUUCCGAGAAUAAAACGAAACGCCAGGAUGUUACGAUUUGAUCCUACUCACAGAUUCUAUUUAAUUAAUAACGAUGAUGUUCGCGCGACGAGGCUCUUGAAGAGUUUUGAAAAGUUCUGUAAAGAAGUAAAAAAAGAAAGAAAGAAAGGAGAAAAAUGGUAACAGAUCUCGAAGCGUGGCAUUGUUGAACCGCACGUUGAUCGUCGUGAGUAGAAAAAGAGUUCUAAAAAAGAAAGAUACGCAUAUGAGGAGUAAUACAAGCCUUGGAGAAACUCUUUUUAGCAAAUACAGCAAGAGAAAACGAUAUAUAUAAAUAUAUUAUUAUUACUAUUAUUAUUGCGUUAACGAACUGAUUUAAGAGCCAUCGCUGUUUGAGCGUGAUUAAACGAAUUAAAUGAAUCGCGAGGUGUUUCGUUGUCGCGUGCGUUGGAAAGAGGCACUUUGAGAAAGAGCAAGUAAAAAAAAGAAAAGAAAAA